AUGCAGAUAAUUGUUAUUUGCUUAACGAUAUCGACGGCGGCACCCAACCACCGAAAGCAGUCUCCAGUUCUUUUGCAACUGCCAAGCAGAGGCGAUCCUGAUAAGGCAUUCACUCGACUCGGUUUAACGGAUGCUGAACGCAUGGAGAUCUACACGAUGGUAGCGGCGGUGCUUCAUCUCGGUAACAUCACGUUCGAGGACAAUCCGGAAGACACCAAGGGCGGCUGCAGGAUAACCGCCGACUCGGAAAAGGCGGUAGUGAUAUCCGCAAAGUUACUGGGGGUGGAUCCCGAAGAGCUGCGACAAGCUCUGGUCUCGAAGGUGAUGCAAACUAGUCGAGGUGGCAUCAAAGGAACAGUUAUCAUGGUGCCGCUGAAGGUCUAUGAGGCUAAUAACGCUCGAGAUGCUCUAGCGAAGGCCAUUUAUAGCAAAUUGUUUGAUCACAUCGUCGCGCGGAUUAACAAGAGCAUACCUUUUAAGGCUUCAAGUUAUUAUAUCGGCGUGCUGGACAUUGCGGGAUUCGAAUAUUUCAAAGUCAACAGCUUCGAGCAGUUUUGCAUAAAUUACUGCAACGAGAAACUUCAACAGUUCUUCAACGAGCGGAUCUUGAAGUACGAGCAAGAACUUUAUGCUCGAGAAUCUUUGAACGUCCCGAAAAUCUCCUACGUCGAUAAUCAAGAUUGCAUCGAUUUGAUCGAAUCGAAGAAUACUGGUAUCUUCAGCCUGCUGGACGAGGAAUCGAAAUUGCCGACUCAUAGUUUCGCGCAUUUCACCAACGAGGUUCAUCGUGCGUGGAACGGUCAUUUCCGCAUCACUUUACCACGAACGUCACGAUUGAAGGCUCAUCGAGAAUUACGAGACGAUGAGGGAUUCGUGAUUCGACAUUACGCCGGUGGUGUCUGCUAUCAAACGAACCAAUUUAUUGAGAAGAACAAUGAUGCAUUGCACGCUUCUCUGGAGGCGCUCAUUCAAGAGAGCGGUAGUAAAUUUCUCAGAACGCAGUUUGCCAAUCACUCCUUGCAAAAGGGAAAGCUGAACUUCAUCAGUGUCGGCAGUAAAUUCAAAACGCAACUAGGCGAACUUAUGGACAAACUGAAGAGCAACGGAACAAAUUUUAUAAGAUGCAUCAAACCAAACAGCGAUAUGGUGGCGCAUCAAUUCGACGGGAAUAGUAUCAUGAAUCAACUUCGUUGCUCGGGAAUGACAUCGGUUCUGGAACUGAUGGAACAUGGCUAUCCCAGUCGAGUACCCUUCCACGAGCUCUAUAACAUGUACAAGACUUACUUACCACCGGAACUGGCCAAAUUGGAUCCCAGAUUCUUCUGUGAGGCGCUGCUUCAUAGUCUAAAGUUGAAUCAGAAGGACUUCAAAUUCGGUAUCACUCGGGUCUUUUUCAAGCCGGGCAAAUUCGCCGAGUUUGACCGGAUCAUGAAAUCCGACCCGGAGAAUCUCCGCAGGCUGGUCGCAAACGUGAAAAAGUGGCUGUUAAAGUCACGCUGGAAUAAGAUGCAGUUUUGCGCGCUGUCAGUGAUCAAACUGAAGAACAAGAUCAUCUACCGGCGACAACACCUGAUCGUGUUGCAAAAGACAGCCAGGAUGUACAUUGCGAAGAAACAACAUCGGCCACGAAUUCGCGGUAUCGUGAAAAUCAAGAAUCUGCGGAAGCAACUGACGCGAAUGGAGGAGACCGCGAGCCAAUUGAAAAAUCGAGAGAAAUCGACACAAGACAUGAAGAAGCUGGACGACGACCUAGAGAGGGCCAUACGCAAGAUCAAAGAUAAUCCGAGGAUCGCGCAGACCGAGAUUGAUGGUCUCUAUACAUCUCUCGUGAAUCAGGUGAACAAACAGAUGGCUUCCCUGCAAGAUAUGGUGAAGCAGCAGAAGGUCGCCGAGGAACAGGCAAGGUUGAAGAAGAUCCAACAGGAACUCGAGCUCGAGAAGAAACGUAAAGAAGAGGAGGAACGUAAGAAGAGAGAGGAGGAGGAAAACAGGAGAAAGAAGCUCGACAUGGAAGCCAGAAGAAAAAUCGAAGAAGAGCAAAGGAGAAAACAGGAGGAAGAGGAUCAGAAGGCGGCGGUUGCUCUUCAGGCCCAAUUGGAAAAAGAGGCCAUGGAGGAGACUCGAUAUCGAGAAUUGCUCGAGCAAGAGAGAAGACACGAACUGGCGGUCAGACUCGCUCAAGAAUCCAAUGGACAAGUGGAGGAUUCACCGCCGCCUGCACGAAAUGGUUCCGAUGUGCGAGUAUCUACGAACAACAACAGACUAAUGAGAUCCGAACAGGUACGUAACCAGCAAGCGGCUAUGAGCAACAAAAAAUACGAUCUGUCCAAGUGGAAGUAUUCAGAGUUGCGAGACGCAAUCAAUACGUCUUGCGAUAUCGAAUUACUGGAAGCUUGUCGUCACGAGUUCCAUCGUAGGCUGAAGGUUUAUCACGCCUGGAAGGCGAGGAAUCGCAGGCGAACAACCAUGGACGAAAAUGAACGAGCGCCGAAAUCCAUCAUGGAAGAAGCUGCUAAAACACCAAGGACAAUGGUGAAGCAACAGAUUGUCGAGUCAUCGCAGAGAUACUUCCGAAUUCCCUUCGUUCGUUCGUCCGCGGCUGGGCAGCAGGACAACACUCACAGCGGCGGCAAGAGGGGAUGGUGGUACGCGCAUUUUGAUGGACAAUACGUGGCACGACAGAUGGAACUUCAUCCCGACAAACCGCCUAUACUUCUCGUGGCAGGAGUGUUUUACCCCUAGACCCGUAGACACGCGUAUGG